GUGCAGGGAGUGAGAAGGUUCUUCCGGUUGAACGGCAAGAGCAGCCGUUAAGGAAAAAGAAGUGGUUUCACACAGGGCAAGUGAGGCUGUGAAUGACCUGCCCCCUUGUUCAUGUUUUCUCGAGUAGCGGAAAGGUGGAAGGCCAGCAGAACGGUGAGCCGGCCCCAGCCCCGGGCCCGGCGGAGCCAGCCGUCCCUUCUGAUGCCACAGCGUCGGGCACUGCCGGGAGUCAUCCGAGUGAUCAGAUAGUGCAGAAAAUAGAGGAAGUCCUCUCUGGGGCCCUUGAGACUGAACCACAGCGUAAAUCAGAUGUAGAUGUAGACGCAGACACAGCAAAGAGUACGUCUCAGUCUUCAAAAAGACGUCCUACCGAUGAAGUAGAAGAUGAAAUUCCAAGAAAAAAGUCAAAGAAAAACAAGAAACACAAAAGCAAAAAGAAGAAGAAGAAGAAGAAGAAAAGGAAGAAAGAAAAAAAACAUAAGAAGCAGCCAAAGGAAUCAAAAUUGAGUGCACAGCAUGGAGGACAUGCGGACUUACAACCUGCUUCUCACUUGAAACCAGAAAAAAUGAUUACAGAACAUGGAGACCAUGCAGUUUCAGAUCAUGCCUGCCACAUGCAGUCAGAAGAAAUGAGUUCAAAAAUAAGUGAAGAACAUGGAAGACAUUCAGGUAUAGGACUUGUUUCUCAUUUGCUAUCAGAUUCUCAAUCUCUGGAAAACCUUCAGAGUGAAAAAACAAACUUGACCAUCAGUGAUACAUGCAGUGCAUUCAGUUUACAAACUGGCAAACUUGAUCACCAUGAAGAAAAUGCUAGUAUAACUACAAUUAAAGAUUGCACUAAAGAAGAGCCAGCUAAAGUAAAGCAGCUGAGUGAACCUCAUGAAAGUAUGUCUCAUAAAGCUGUUAACAUGAGUGAAAAUGAUGUACCUUUGACUGUUGAUGCUGAAAGCGGUACUUCAUUUACCAGUAGAACUAGAGUUGCUAGUAAGUCUGAAAUUGAAAAAGAUUUGGAAGCUGCUUCAACUUCUGGGAGAAUAAAAGCACUAGAAGAUUCAAAAACUAUUCUGAGAUCUGUGAGCACUGGGGAAACAAAAGAUUCAGAAACAACCGCAGAAUCGGAGGCCACAGCACAAAUGAAAUACCUUGAAACGACUCUAAAAUCUGUGACUGUGGUGGGGACACAAAUUAUGGAAACAUCUCUAAGAUCUCAGUCUCUGGGAAGUGAUGUGGUAUCUAUGCCAAAAUCUGUGGCUGAGAUGGAAGUUUUGGAAACAAGCCAAGGACCUGUGCAUGUGGCAGAGGUGAAACAUUCAGAAGUGACUACAGGUUCUGCACUCAUGGGAAGUAUGAAAGAUUCAGAAGCAGCCUUGGAGCCUGUAAUUGUGGCAGGCACAGAAACAUUCUUGGAAUCAGUGACUGGGGAAGCUGAAGAUUCUGCGCACAUAGGGGACAUGAAAAAUUCAGGUAAAGUUCUGGAACCUGUUGCUGUCUUGAAGUCUCCGGAAGCAGCCCUGGCAGCAACGGCUGUAACGGAGGUGAAAGGCUCAGAAGCAUCUAUGGCAUCUGUGCAUGUGGGUCAUAGGAAAGAUUUAGCCUUGAAAUCUAUGGCUAUAGCAGAUGUUUUAAAAGCAGUCCAGGAACCUGUGUCUGUGAUGGAAGUAGAAGGUGCAGAAUCAACUCAAGAAUCUCUACAAAUUGAAGAACUCAGAGAUUCAGCUGCAGCUCCAGAGCUUAUGAGAGGGACAAAAAAUAUUGAAACUACUUCAGAAUCUCCAGCUAUAGUUCCUGAAGCAACCCUAGAAACUGUGCCUAUAGAAAAGGUGAAAGGCCCAGAAAAAUCUCUGAAAAUGAAAGGAGAGAGUGCUUCAGUAGUGAUCCUAGAAUCCUCGGCCAGGCCAGAAGCAAAAGACCCACAGUUAAUCCAUGAGCAUAUGGCUACAGUGGAGGCUAAAGUAUUGGAAGCAGCUCCUUUGUCACUUGAAAUGAAAGGUGUGAAAGUUCUAGAAACAACCUUGCAUCCAAUGGCAAGAGAGAAAAGAGUUGAAACAAUUCCAGUAUGUCUGCAAAUGGAUGAUAUAAGAAACUUAGAGGCAGCUGCAGGAACUGUGACCAUGGCAGAGGUGAAAAGUUUGGAAGCAACUUCUCUAUCUCUGCAAACAAAGGGUGUCAGAGAUUUGGAAGGAAAACUAGGCUCUGCGGGUGUGGUGAAAGUUUUGGAAGGAGCACUAGAACCUGUAGUUGUGGCAGCUGAUUCAAAAGUGGCCUUAGAACCUGUGGCAGUGACUAAGUUUCCAGAAACAACUCUGCAGCUGCAAGGUGCAGAAGACUCAGAAAGUUCAGAGUUACCUCAGUUGUCCCUGCAAACAGAACACAUGAAAGCUUCAGAAGUAGCUCUUGGGUCUGGAGCUGUAGCAAAGAUGAAGACUUUGGGAGCAGUUGCAGAGUGUGUGGCUCUAGCAAAGGUGAAGGAUUCAAAAGAAACUGUAAAAUCUGAGGUCACAGCAGAGUCUAAAGAUAGGGAGAAGUCAAACAAAAGAACUUUAAUCUCUGAGACAUCAAAGGUGAAAAGCUUGCAAACUGUUAUGGAAUCAAAGGCAUCAGCAGAAGUGAAGCUUUUGGAAGCAUCCAGAUUUGAGGUAAUGUCUGAGUUGAAAGACUUUGAAUCAGUUGUAGAACAAGUGGCCAUAGCAGAAGCCACAUCUUCAGAACCAUCUCUGCAAUCUGAGGCGGUGGCAGAGUUGAAAGCUUCAGAAACAGCUAUGGAAGUUCAGGCCAUGGCAGAAGGAAAAAACUUGACAUCUCUACUAUCCAAAGUCAUGACAGAAGCAAAAGAGUUGGAAAUAACUCCACAGACUGAGGCUGUGGUAGAGGACAAAAAUUUUGAAACUGCUCCUAAGUCUGUUACUGCCAUAACAGACAUGAGAUACUUGGAACUUAGAACAGAAUUUGAGACUGUGCCAGAGGUGAAAGAGUUGGAAACUGUAAAAGGCUCUGAAGCAGUUCCUGAAUCUGAGACCAUCACAAGGAUGAAAGUUCCAAAAUUGCUACCCAUAACAAUGGUAAAAACUUCGGAAGCAAGUUCAGAAUCUCUGCCCUUGGUGGAUGUGCAAAAUUUAGAAUUGGGUAGAGUCUGUGACAGUAUGACUGUGGUUACUGCUGCAGAACCUAACAUCAUCACAGAGGCAAAAUGUUUAAAACCUAUUCCCGAAUCUCUGCACACACAAAAUAUAAGAGAUUCAGAAGCAGUUCCAGAACUUCUGCACACAGCAGUGGUAAAAGUUGCAGAAUCAACAGAAUUGGAGGUAGGAGAAGUGAAAAAUUUGGAAGCUACUUCAGGAUAUGUGACUGAAAAAAUAAAACCUGUAGAAAUAAGAGAUUCAGAAACUGUUCUAGCAUCUGAAACCAUGAUGGAGGUGGAGGUGUUAGAAACGACUUCAGAAUCUUCUAUCAGAGCAACAUUAAACAAUUCAGAAACUAUUUCAAUGCUUAAUUCUGAGCAAAAGAAAGAUUUUGAAAUGGCUUUAAAAGCAGAGGCUUUGGUGGAAAUGGAAAUGAAAGAUUUGGAAGUGGCUCCAGAAAUGUUGGGCACCGCAGAAGUGAAAUGUUUGGAAGAAGUUCCACAAUCUGCAGGCGUAACACAGAUGAUGGCAUUGCCUUACAUGAAAGAUUUGGGAGCAGUGAUAGGUGUAGAGGAUUUCAAAACUUUACCAAGUCAUACUGCAGAUGUGAAAAUUCCAGGCCCAGAUCAAGAAUCUAAGUUAAUGGUGGAAGUGAAAAGUUUGGAAACAGUAACCGUUGCAGAGGCAAAAAAUUUAGAAGCAACUACAGAUUCUUUGCGUACAGCUCAUGUGACAACUUUGGAAGCAGGCCAGAGACCCAAGGUACCACCUGUGGUAAAAGUCUUAGAUGCAGCUCUGGGACCUGGACCUGUGUUGCUGGCAGUGGCAAAACUCUCAGAAACUGCUUUACGGCCAGGACCUCUAGUGCCAGCAGGUGCAAGAGUCUCAGAAACUGCCUCAGGGCCUGAACAAGUGGUACCGGCAGUAGCAAAAAUCUCAGAAGCUGCUUCAAGGCCUGGACCUGCGGCACUGACAGAGACAAGAGUCUUGGAAGCCGCCCCAAGGUCUGGACCUGUGAUGCCAGCAGUGGCCUCAAAGCCUGGACCUGUAAUGCCAGCAGUGGCAAAAGUUUCAGAGCCUGUCCCAAGACCCGGGCCUGCAGCGCUGGUAGUGACAAAAGUCUCACAAGCUAUCCCAGGACCUGUGGCACCAGCAGUGGCAAAAGUCUCGCAAGCUGCCCCAGGGCCUAGGCCCUCAACGCCAGCAAUGGCAAAAGUCUCACAAGCUGUCCCAGGGCCUGCAGCACUGGCGGUGGCAAAAGUCUUGCAAGCUCCCCCAGGGCCUGCGGUCCCGGCGAUGGCAAAAGUCUCGCAAGCUCCCCCAGGGCCUGCGGUCCCGGCGAUGGCAAAAGUCUCGCAAGCUCUCCCAGGGCCUGCGGCGCUGGCAGCGGCAAAAGUCUCGCAAGCUCUCCCAGGGCCUGCGGCGCUGGCAGCGGCAAAAGUCUCGCAAGCUCUCCCAGGGCCUGCGGCGCCGGCGGUGGCAAAAGUCUUGCAAGCUGCCCCAGGGCCUGUGGCGCCAGCAGUGGCAAAAGUCUCUCAAGCCCUCCUAGGGCCUGCGGCGCCGGCGGUGGCAAAAGUCUCUCAAGCUCCCCUAGGGCCUGCGGCACCAGUGGUGGCAAAAGUCUCUCAAGCUCCCCUAGGGCCUGCGGCGCCAGUGGUGGCAAAAGUCUUACAAGCUGCCCCAGGACCUGCAGCGCCAGCCAUGACAAAAAUCUCGCAAACGGCCUCAGGGCCUGCAGCACCGGCAGUGGCAAAAGUCUCGCAAGCUGCCCCAGGACCUGUGGCGCCAGCGGCGGCAAUAGUUUCGCAAACUGUCCCGAAGCCUGGCUCUGCAGCGCCAGCAGUGACAAAUCUCUUGGGAGCUACCCCUAGGCCUGGACCUGCGGUGCCAGCAGUGGCAAGAUUCUCAGGAGCUGUGCCAAGGCUUGGACCCAUGGCACCAGCUAUGCCAAGGUUCUCGGUAGCUGCCUCAAGGCCAGGCCCCAUGUCACCAGCAAUGCCAAGAUUCUCGGUAGCUCCCUCAAGGCCAGGCCCCAUGUCGCCAGCAAUGCCAAGAUUCUCGGUAGCUCCUUCAAGGCCAGGCCCCAUGUCGCCAGCAAUGCCAAGAUUCUCGGUAGCUCCCUCAAGACCGGGCCCCAUGAUGACAGCAGUGCCCAGAUUCUCAGUAGCUGCCACAAGGCCUGGUCCCAUGUCACCAGCAAUGCCCAGAUUCUCAGUAGCUGCCUCAAGGCCUGGGCCCAUGGCACCGACAAUGGCAAGGUUCUCGGUAGCUGCCUCGAGACCUGGAACUGCGUCGCCAGCAAUGGCAAGAUUCUCGGGAGCUGCCUCAAGGCCUAUGCCUGUGCCACUGGUACCGGCAAAAGUCUCAGGAGCUGCCUCAAGGCCUGGGCCUGCAGUGCCAGCAGUGGCCAAAGUCUCAGGAGCUGCCUCAAGGCCUGGGCCUGCAGUGCAAGCAGCAGUAAAAGUCUCAGAAGCUGCCCCAAGACUUGGGACUGCAGCGCCAGUGUUACCAAAAGUCUCAGUAGCUGCCCUGAGACCUGGGCCCACAUUGCCAGCAGUAGCAAAAGUCUCAGAAGCUGCCCUUGGGCCUGCAGCACCAACAAUGGGAAAAGUAUUGGAAAUUGCCCCACGGUCUACAACACUGGCAAUUGCAAAAGUCUCAGAAGCUGUCGCAGGGACUGUGGUGCCAGCUGUGGAAAAAGUCUCUGACACUGCCUCACAGCCCACAGGGCCAGCUGUGGCAAAAGUCUCAGAAGCUGCCCCAAAGCCAGGACCUGUGGCGCCAGCCAUGGGAGAAGUCUCAGGAGCUGCCCCAAAGCCAGGACCUGUGGUGCCAGCUGUGGCAAAAGUCUCAGAAGCUGCCCCAAAAGCAGGCCCUGUGGCGCCAGCCGUGGCAAAAGGCUCAGAAGCUGCCCCAAAAGCAGGCCCUGUGGCGCCAGCCGUGGCAAAAGGCUCAGAAGCUGCCCCAAAAGCAGGCCCUGUGGCGCCAGCCGUGGCAAAAGGCUCAGAAGCUGCCCCAAAAGCAGGCCCUGUGGCGCCAGCCGUGGCAAAAGGCUCAGAAGCUGCCCCAAAAGCAGGCCCUGUGGCGCCAGCCGUGGCAAAAGGCUCAGAAGCUGCCCCAAAAGCAGGCCCUGUGGCGCCAGCCGUGGCAAAAGGCUCAGAAGCUGCCCCAAAAGCAGGCCCUGUGGCGCCAGCCGUGGCAAAAGGCUCAGAAGCUGCCCCAAAAGCAGGCCCUGUGGCGCCAGCCGUGGCAAAAGGCUCAGAAGCUGCCCCAAAAGCAGGCCCUGUGGCGCCAGCCGUGGCAAAAGGCUCAGAAGCUGCCCCAAAAGCAGGCCCUGUGGCGCCAGCCGUGGCAAAAGGCUCAGAAGCUGCCCCAAAGCCAGGACCUGUGGUGCUGGCCAUGGCAGAAGUCUCAGGAGCUGCCCCAAGUCUUGGACCUGCGGCACCGGCAGUGGCAAAAGUCUCGCAAGCUGCCCCAAGUCUUGGAUCUGUGGCACCGGCAGUGGCAAAAGUCUCACAAGCUGCCCCAAGUCUUGGACCUGAGGCGCCGGCAGUAGCAAAAGUCUCGCAAGCUGCCCCAGCACCUGGGCCUGUGGUGCCGGCAGUGGCAAAAGUCUCGGAAGCUGCCCCAAGUCUUGGACCUGCGGCGCCGGCAGUGGCCAAAGGCCCGCAAGCUGCCCCAGCCUGCCUCAGGUCUUGGCCCUGCGGCGCCGGCAGUGGCCAAAGUCUCGCAAGCUGCCUCAAGUCUUGGACCUACGGCGCCGGCAGUGGCCAAAGUCUCGCAAGCUCCCUCAAGUCUUGGACCUGUGGCGCUGGCAGUGGCCAAAGUCUCGCAAGCUGCACCAAGGCCAGCAGCUGCGGCGCCGGCAGUGGCCAAAGUCUCUCUCGCAAGCUGUGUCAAGGCCACCAGCUGCAGUGCCGGCAGUGGCAACAGUCUCGCAAGCUGCGCCAAGGCCACCAGCUGCGGCGCCGGCAGUGGCAACAGUCUCGCAAGCUGCCCCAGGGCUAG